AUGAGCGAAUGGGUCGGCAGAGAACUCGGCUUUACGGACGAGAUUCGCAAUGUCACGCUCACGUUCUGGAGCGGUACGGGCGGUCGCCUUGAUCAUUGUGGACGUCUGGGAAUCGGUGAGCUUCUUGAUGCAACGUUGGCCGGAGACGACGCAGCAGACUUCGAUGGGGAGAUACGUGUGCUUUGCCUCUUGACCGACCUGGAAAAUUUCCAGUAG